ACCAAUCAGCGGCCGCCUCUUACGAGCGCCCCAUCGGCCAAAAUGGCGGCGGCCGUUGGCGCGGAGACCCGCUUGUAGUUUCAUUGCUUUACUCCUCCCGUUACAAAAUGUGAAAGGAGGAGCGGCUGGCGGAGGGGGGUUACAGGCAAUGAGUCGGCGAAGGAAACAUGGGGACAGCCCUGGCCUGAAGAGCACGCCGCCCAAAGCGGCGGCGGCUGAGGAAUGCAGCUCGGUGGUCGAGCCAGGGAAGAGGCGGCUGAGGUCGGCCCGCGGCUCAGGGCUCCGCAGGGCCGGAGAGAGGUCUCCCCGGCCCGUGCCACAACAAGAGCAGCCUCCAGCAGCCGCUUCGUGCAGUAAAAGUAACCCCGAGGCUUUGGUGAUGUCUCACCUGAUUACGAAUAAGCCGGAAGUUCCUGUGUAUGCUGGCCCUCAAAGUAGGAAACUAAGGGCCCCCGAAUAUUCUGAAAGGUAUGAAACACCAAAGAGAGUGCUGAAAAUGGAUUUAUUGUCAUCUACCUUCAGUUCUCCUAAUGAUCCAGAUGGACAGAAUGAUAUCUUUUGGGAUCAAAAUUCUCCAAUGACAAAACAGUUAGGUAAAGGAAGAAGCAAACAGAUUUACACUACUGAUAGUGAUGAAAUCUCACAUAUUGUUAAUCGUAUUGCUCCUCAGGAUGAAAAACCAACAACAAACUCCAUGCUAGGCAUGUGGAUUGGUGCUUCUGCUAUUCCUUGUACUCCUAGUGUAGCAAAAGGCAAAUCAAGAGCAAAAAUCAGCUGCACAAAGUUGAAAACACAAAAUCAAGAGGAAGAACUUAUGAAAUUGGCUAAGCAAUUUGAUAAAAAUAUGGAAGAGCUAGAUGUGAUUCAAGAGCAAAAGAAGAGAAAUCAUGAUUUUAUUCAGACAAUUUCAGAAGCAGAGACUUUAAGUAAUUAUAAAGAUAAUGUACAGAUGCAGUUAUUACAUGAUAUAGUUCCAGAAAUAGAUAAUGCUAUAAUGAAGAACCCAAUGGAAGAAAACACCAAAAUGUCUGUGAUAAAUGAUCAAAAUAGCAGUCAGAAGCCAUUUGACCAAAAUGCUGAAGCAGCCUUUAAUGCCAUUUUUGAUGGCUCUACUCAGAAAUGUAGUGGACAGUUCAGCCAAGAUCUGUCAGAUGCUUUUUUGAACACCAGUAAUACUACCUUUGGAAAGAAAAGCGCUUUGAAAAAGGAGAAAAUCAUUACUAAUGAAACUCUGGUCACUGAAAAACUGCCAGAUAAAACCCCAGGAUCACUUUCUUGUCAAGUAGAUACUCUUGGAAUGACAAAUCCAUGUGUGACUUCUUACACUGAGAAGCCAGAAGCUUUUAAUAAACACCUUGAUGCAUUUCCUACCAGUGAUUUUGAGGAUGAUUGGGAAAACUUACUAAAUAAUGAACCUUUUGUUAUGCAAAAUGUCAAAAUGUAUGAACUUUCCCCAGCUCCUAAAACAGCCCAGAUUGCUGAUCAAAAGAGUAUUUGUAACUUUAACAAUAAGUGUGAUAAACAUAAGUCAAGAAUGAAUACAAGCCUAGGUGCCAGGUUAAGGGAUUCAAAAAUUGUACAAGAUCUCCCUUCAAAGACACAUAACAAGGAAUUAAUAGAUUCUGGAAAAUACAGUUUUUCACUAAAUCCAAAUGAUGAACCAAACAAAUUGCCAUCCAGUGGAUAUGUGAUGAAACUUGAGAAAUCUUUCAAUAAAAUUGUUCAAGACUGUUCAGUUGCAUCUAAUCUGACAAAAGUAAAAGAAGAUAUGCAUACUAAAUUUACUUCUAAUGUAAAUACUUUUGAAAAGUCUACUUUGAACACAGGAUAUUCUAAUGAACAAGAAAAUAAGUCCAUUUUUAAUCAGUCUUUUAAAGCACCUGCUAAUAUAAAUCCUUUUGGCUCUGCAACUUUGGGCAAUGAAACCAGUGUUUAUAAUACAAAUCAGACUAAUGCAUCAAAGUUAGGUUCUUUCUUUGAUGACUGGAAUGAUCCAUCAUUUGCCAAUGAAAUUGUUAAAGCAUGCCAUCAAUUAGAGAAUACCUGGGAAGCAGAUGAUGUAGAUGAUGAUUUAUUAUACCAAGCAUGUGAUGAUAUUGAAAGACUAACUCAGCAACAAGACAUUAGAAAGGGCAGCAAGAUACCAGAAAGUACACUUGAGAUCAAUAAUAGUUCCAAACAUGGAGCCAAAAACAUAUUUACUACAUCUAAACAAGAAAGUCAGUUGGUGCAAUCAAAACAUUUGAAUCUCAGCAGCAUUUCAGGGCACACAUCUUUCACAAAUAGCUCACAAUUAAAUAAACCAGUAAAGAUGGAUAAAAGGGAAAUCUGUGGAAAUUCUCCAAGUUUUUUAGGUGCUACAACAAAUUUGACAAUAUACUCCAAGAACUCAAAUUGUCAUAUCAAUAAUCUGCAUUUCUCCUGGAAUAACACUGAUGUUCCAAUACAAGUGAAAAGUCCACAGUCAGUUCUUACGGGAAGUUCAAGUUUGAAUGUGAGUUCAGAUUAUAGGAAUACAGAAACUGCUACUUAUAAGAAGAAAUUAAGUACUCAGCAUCUGUCCCAUAGGAGCACAAGAGAUGCAGAUCAGAGUGGCCUUAACAGAACAGUUAGAUUUCCUAAGUAUACAUUUACAAAGAUGAAAAAUUCUCAAAUUCUUUCCCAGUUUAAUCAAAAUUGUCUACCAGGAAGUAUUUCUGAUACCAAAAUUACACAGGGUUUGGAGAAAAAUAAAACUCCUGUCCAUUCGUUUUGUGGGAGGGCUAUUCAACAACAGUGUUUGGUGAAACGUUCUGAAUCUUUGAAACAACCUUCAAAAGUUUGCAAUUAAGUAUUGAUUAUUGUCUGUCUUAUCUGUGAAUACCUAGACCUACCACAGCAUCUCCCACAUAGAAGAUGUUUAGUAAGUAUCUGAAUGAAUAUCAUGUAAUAUAAUGUGAAAAAUCUGUUAUUCACUGAUACUGUAAUCUUUUUUAAAAGGCACUGUAUCUGGCAUAACUACUUGUACUUCCUAAUGUCCAGUUCUUUCUCACAGCCUUACAUUUUUACAGAUGCUAUUUACUUCACCGAAACAUAGUACCCCCACAUGCAUAUACCAAAUCUGCCUGGCUAUUUUCCAUUUGUCCUUUAAAACACAGUAUGUUUUUAUUCAGCUCAAUAAUUUAGGUUCACUUUCUCUGGGUUUCUCCAAUACCCAGCUUUAACUUCUGUUAUAGCAUUUACUAUGCUAGCUUGUAAUUACAGAUGUUUUUUAAUCAGUCUCCCUCACUUCAGGCUAAUAUUAGGAUUUUUAUCUAUUAUGUAGAUCAGUGCUAAUAAGGUGAGGGAGAUUUUAUCUUCUUUUAACAUUACAUCAUUGUUUUCUGUUUAGAUUCUAGAUGGUGCUUUUGUUGGCAUUACUGCUCAACUUUCCUAUUUAAGUGAUUUUUUUUUUUAACUCGUAACAGUAAUAUGCUCGUUGUUUAAGAAGAAAGCAGAGUAAAUUAAUUUGAAGUGAAAAAUUAAAUUCCCAGUUUCUCUUUUUGCACAGCCAUGCCUCAGGAAAACCAUAGCUAACAGUUUAGAAUACAUCAUUUAACAUUUUCUGUGCAUAUAAAAAUGUCCGUGUGUGUGUGUGUGUGUGUGUGUGUGUGUGUGUGUGUGUGUGUGUGUGUAUGCAUGCCUAUACAUCUAUCAGAUGGAAUUAUAUGCUAUGUACCUACUAUUUGGCAACUUGGUUUUGCCUUCACUUAACAUAGCUAUCUUUUCCAGUUUUGUUUUGUUUUUUUGUAAUGUUUAUUUAUUUUUGAGAGAGAGAGAGAGAGAGAGACAGAGUGCAAUUUGGUGAAGGGCAAAGGGGC